GCAGCCAGCAGGAAAGUAGGCCAGCGCCGGGAUAUGCGAGUGUUUCGCAGUUAUUCCUGGCCGGGCAGCCGUGUAUUUGAUGGCGCUCUGCUCGUUGUUCUUGGCACCAUUUUUGGGCAGUAUAUGAUCGCCCCUCCCUCACGGAUAUUUAUCAAGGUUCAGACCUCUGGACCCAGGGGAGUGAUCCAUCGCGCGCGCACUGCGCAAAUGUGGCAGAGUGGCAACUCCGCUCCGCUCGCUUCAGAACUCAAGGGCAUAGCUCGAAGCAGUCACGACAGCCCAGCUGACCGGCACUGUUGAAAGCAAAAAAGUAAGGAUCUGCAGCGGCCAACUCGCAACCUCGAAGAAUAGACAGCAUCCUGGCCUGCGGCGUCUCAGACAAGAGGGGGUGUUGGCAACCACCCCCCUUGCUCUCCCCCCACCCUGUGAAAUCUCUG